ACACAGGCCGUCGAGCUAACAUGGUUGUGUGGUUACUUUGUAGGUUAGAAGCGUAUGGCAGAAAUAAUAACUUUCAAGGUGUCCCCGUGUUGUUGCCAGAACCAACUAUCCCCGAUUGGCCAGUGAGUGGAUUUAAACAGCUGAUGCCUGUUCAUAAGCUCCAGCUUCCUAAAAUCAGAAGGGCCCUUGUGGAGUCGUAUUUUGAAAUACGAAUGGCCAUGGACAAGAGGGCUAUGAGUGAUCUCAAGGCCAUACAGAAAGGUGAAGCACUGCUGGAUAGCCAAAGAAUUGAUGCCUGCAGUGUACAUAUUACCCAGAAGGAUGUUCAUUUCAGUGGAAUGGUCAGAGCUGCCAUGAAAAAGAAGGUGUCCUACAAUUACAAGUUGAGGCUUGAUGGUCAGUCAGCAGAGAUACUUAACAGUCAUUGUGAAUGCCCUGCUGGCAAGGGACCCCAUGGGACGUGCAAACAUUUAGCAGCAGUGUUACUUAUGCUGUGCAAAUUCAUGCAACAUGGCGAGAUCAAUAUUCGCAAAACUUGCACAGAAAAUCCACAAACAUUUCACCAACCAUCAGCUCUUCAUAGUGGGGCCUCUGAAGGUGGCCCUGGAGGACGGACCACCUCAGGUGUGCUGGCCACCUUCUCUGCUGACUUACUGCGUUUCCUUCCUCCAGAGCAUAGUCUGUUACAUGUCCUCAGUAAGCAGCUCAAUAUUCUCAGUAUUAAGGUUAAAAGGGAGACGCCAAUGGCAUCUGUCCAACUUAUUGCAUCUCUGGCAAUAGACACCCAGUGGGCAAUACGUAAACUUACCUCAAAGAUGGCUGCCAUUGCAAACCAGCUACAGAAUGAUCAAUGA